GCUAAUUUUAGCACCUGGCAGACGGAGGAUGGAAGUUGAAAGGGAGUCCAUUCAUUGUACCGGGGCGGGCCCUACUAUUUCAGCGGCGCAAUUGUGAACCAGCCAAGCCAAAUAUAGUCGUAGACAGGUAUUUUUAGCCUUACACCGUGUCCCCGUUUGCGUUCGACCAAGGCGAGACGGGAUACCGGCUUGUAACCCCUCCAGAGUGAGCGCGGGCUCGCUUUUAAGUCACUUGAUGUGACGCUGCCGCCACACGCACCAAAAGCAACUCGGCAAAAGCGAACCGAACAGCUGUCGAGAGUAAAUCUCGCCACUUGUGAGUCUCUCUGACCGGGGACCGGUGCUGGGGAACGCGACUCGGUCCGUCGGGCACGUUACACGGCAGGUUUAGAAGCCGCGUACAGCGACUGCUUUUGCGGUUCCAUUGUGGCCAGUGCUCCGUGGAGUGAAGCGGCAGUUAGGCUGCCUUCAGGUUGGGGGUGGUGGUGUGGUGUGGGGGAGUUCCGGAUAUUCGGCUUUGGGGGAAACUUCAACCUGAACUUGACAUGCAACAUUACAGGUCAUUCAAAGUGGGUUUCAUUCAAGGUUGGAGGAGCAGGAUUAGGACUGCACUUCACUGAAAAGAAUGUGACGUUGCCCUCUUGUUGCUGACGGAAUCUCCUGGCAGGAAAAUACCUGUCAUCGGUCACAAGGGCCACCGGACAUGUGUCUUAGCAAGUGACGUUGCACGCAUGACUUAACUCCAGCAAUUUUACUAUACACAAGCGAUGUGGGGAGAUCAGACCGAAAGUGCCAUGAACCCUGAAGUGGCUCUGUUUGUUGGGCCUGCAAGCACUCAGCGGACGACUGGAGAUGCGCGAGCGCAGCCGACUGUGCAGGAGCAGCGCUGUGUCGGCUGUCGCCGUUCCGAGCAAGGAUGGUGCGGGUAGUAUUUCUGCAUCCUGACCUCGGUAUAGGUGGAGCAGAACGACUAGUUGUUGAUGCUGCUGUUGCCCUUAAGUCUAAGGGAUGUAAUGUCCAGAUCUGGACUGCUCACUAUGACCCGACACACUGUUUCUCUGAGACGCUUGACCCAGACCUACCCGUGGUUUGUGUGGGUGACUGGCUGCCCACCAAUGUUUUUGGUUACCUCCAUGCCGUAUGUGCUUACAUAAGGAUGAUCUUUGUGGCUGUCUAUUUGGUUUUCCUCAGCGGACUGGAGUAUGAUGUCAUUUUUUGUGAUCAGGUGUCAGUGUGUAUUCCAGUGCUGAGGCUGUCUCGUCACAGAAAAAAGGUUUUAUUCUACUGUCACUUCCCGGACCAGCUGCUGACGCAAAGGAAAUCAGCCCUCAAGAAGCUUUACCGUGCUCCCAUUGACUUCCUGGAGGAGCGUACCACCGGCAUGGCUGAUAUGAUUCUGGUAAACAGCCAGUUCACCGCAGGAGUCUUCAGGGAGACCUUUCAGAGUCUCACAGGGGUCCAGACAGAUGUCCUCUAUCCCUCCCUGAACACGCACACAUUUGACCAGCCGCCCACUGAAGCGCAAGGCCUGUGGGGCCUGAUCCCCGAGGGAACCUCCCACCUGUUCCUCUCUCUCAACCGAUACGAGCGAAAGAAGAACCUGGGCCUGGCCCUGCGAGCCCUGGCGGCGCUGAGGAUCGUGCUUCCUCCGGGCCGAAGAGCGGGCGUUCACCUGGUGGUGGCGGGCGGCUACGACGACCGAGUCAGCGAGAACGUGGAGCACUACGCCGAGCUGAAAGCGCUGGCAUCGCAGCUCCACUUGGAGGACUUUGUGACUUUCUUACGCUCCCCCGCGGACUCCGUGAAGGUGGCACUGCUGCGGGGCAGCCACGCGGUGCUGUACACGCCGAGCAGGGAGCAUUUUGGGAUUGUUCCCGUCGAGGCCAUGUACUGCUGCUGCCCUGUUAUCGCCGUGAACUCCGGGGGGCCCCUGGAGAGCGUGGCGGACGGUGAGACGGGCUUCCUGUGCGAGCCCACGGCGGAGGCCUUCUCUAAGGCCAUGGAGAGGCUGAUCGUGGAGACGCAGCUCCGCAGGGACAUGGGACAAGCUGGCAGGAAGAGGAUGCAAGAUAAGUUCUCUCUUCAGGCCUUCUCAGAGCAGCUGUAUAGAUACGUCGUCGGGCUUAGCCAAUGAUGACAAGACUGACGUUUUCUUUUUUCUUUGUAUGUUUUGGGAAAUGGGCACCUGACUGUGUUUCUGCGGUGAACAACGAGGCGGUCGCGGUAUUACAAAGAUUUAAGAAGACAAUUAAUCAGCGUUGCUGAGGAACAGCAUUCUAUACCAAUUAUGAGGAAAAUAAGUGUUUCCAUACUCGGCUGGUCUGUGUAUGUGUCGCAGUGUGGCAACCAAAAAAUAUUGAUUCAUUCAGUGAAAUGUUUCUUUCCCUUUUUGGCCAUCUUUAUUAGCGGAGGAACGCAGUUAUCAUUAGGCAGUAAACACAGUCCUAAAUCAAUAAACAGGAUGCUUUCUUCCACUUCCUGUCUGCCCAGAGCUUUUAUUCCAAAGACGCCCGCCCGGUCUGUGACUCUUGCUCCUGCACAGAGGUUAUUAGCAGAUGAUAGAGAGUGUUUGGCUUCAUUAGAGGUCUGGUUGGUGGGCAGUAUGCCGCUGUCUGGGUCAUUAUCAAGGAGAAUAGCAGAAGGUCACUGUGUCUGUGCAACGGCCUCCUCCACUCCUCUACUGUAUAGAGAUGUUCUUAUUGACAUUCCACAAGUCUUAAUAAACUAGAUGACACACAAA